UCCAUAUGUCAAUCAACCCCUUCGGCCCGCCCGGGAAAGGCGAUUGGCCAGCCCACCGGAAGUCACCUGGCCGGUAACUAGGGGGCUGCCGCGGCGCGGGACGAUCUGCUGGCGCCGGUGUUGCGGUUGCCACGUGCGCGCUGCACCCGGGAGAGGGACACUUGCUACUAGCUGCCAUGUUUGUUCUAGUGGAGAUGGUGGAUACGGUACGGAUUCCUCCGUGGCAGUUUGAAAUGAAGCUCAAUGACUCCAUUGCUGAAGAACUAAAUAAGAAGUUAGCUAACAAGGUUGUGUAUAAUGUUGGCCUCUGCAUCUGUCUGUAUGACAUCACAAAGCUGGAAGACUCGUACAUAUUUCCUGGGGAUGGUGCAUCGCACACUAAAGUGCAUUUCCGGUAUGUGGUAUUCCAUCCCUUUCUGGACGAGAUUCUGAUUGGGGAGAUUAAAGGCUGCAGUCAGGAUGGAGUUCAUGUUUCUCUUGGUUUCUUCGAUGACAUUGUCAUCCCUCCAGAGUCCCUGCAGCAGCCAGCUAAGUUCGAUGAAGCAGAGCAGGUCUGGGUGUGGGAGUACGAGACAGAAGAAGGGGCUCAUGACCUGUAUAUGGACACGGGGGAGGAGAUCCGCUUCCGGAUAGUGGAUGAGAGCUUCGUUGACACAUCCCCUACAGGUCCAAGCUCCACAGAGGCCUCCACCUCUGGUGCCACAGAGGAGGUGCAGAAGAAGGAGGCACCCUACACUCUGGUGGGAUCCAUCAGUGAACCUGGCCUGGGCCUCCUCUCAUGGUGGACAAACAGUUAGCAGCAGUUAGAACUUGCUCUGCAUGGACCCUACAGGAUGGAUGCUUUCAAGGAUUGCAGGAGCCAGCUGGUGCCCUGCUCCCCUCCAGGCAGCGGACAAGAAAGCAGGGCUUCCAUGUUCCUGUAAUUGCUCCCCACCAAGUCGAGCUGGCAACUGCCAAGAAAUACCUCCGUUAGAACUGUACAAGUAAAACUACAGACACAAGGGCUGCCCUGUUACAUGAGCCCAGCAGCCACAAACCCACCUGGGACUUUGACAUCCUGGAAAGCAGAGCAAAAUUGGGUUCAAAUGCCAAAGAAAGUCUCUGCGGUCUUGAAAAAGAGCAGUCUAAGUUGUUACAGUGGCAGGACAGGUGGUGCUGGCUUGAGACAUGUAAUGAGAAGUGUAAGCAAAGGCCUGUCUCUCCUUUAGUGGAAGUGUUCAUAUCUCCUUGGCACAAAACAAGGAGGUGCUGCUGUCUUAACAUGAGAGAAAACUGUAAAGUAUGGGAAAGGGAUAUGCUGGCUCUUAAGCCAUUGUAAACCCUGGUGAUGAAAGGAUGGGGAAGGCUUUGAGAGCUGGGGCAAGGAUGGGAAUCCAGCCCAUAGAGGAGGAUUCACUUCACUGUACAAGGGAGCUGGAGUUCCAUUACAUGAAUUGCUAUGAUGAUGGAAGGGUGUCAGCUUACUAGGAAGCAAUUUAGCUGCUGUUUCUAAUCCUUUGCUGUCCUCUGAAAACGAGCACCUGCUACGGUGCUGAAGUGAGAUGCUGUAAUACGGUGGAUGGGCUGUGGUCUUAUGCAAAACAAGCUCAGGCUUGGCUGAAAUGUUCACUUAAUUUUAGAAGCAAGGCCAUAUGGCUGAGUAAAGCUGUAUUUCCAAUCCCUUAGGGGGUGGGAAGGCUGGUUUUAAUAUUAGAUGAAUAAAUGUUAUUACUGGCUGUACACAACCCAGCUUCCUGUCUAUCAGGAAAAGACAAACUCAGGUUCCUGCAGUUUGGGAUGCUUACUCCAUCUUAAUGCAGAUACUUUCUGGCUUCUACUCUGAGGAGCAGUAUUAAACAUGCAGGAACCAAACUCAAUUACUUUUGCUGACAGCAGUGAAAGGAAAGCAGGGAACAAAAAGUUAGUGGGAGUCUGUGCAGGGCUGUGAUGUGUUUUGCAUGAUUAAAUACCAGCCAUUUUGGGGGGCUAGAAUUUCAUUGGAUGGUGGUUUUGCUGACCUCAACCAUGAAAGCAAAGCUUAAGUCACUGGAACCAUUCCUACAAUAUAAUUACAGCCCCUUACUUCUAAGCUUGGCUACUGCUGGUUCAUAGAUUAAUCAAAAGGAAGUCUAGAAUUCAUCUUCUCACCCCCAUCUGAACCCAUAAAGUCCCCUCUGUGCUGUCACCAGCUUCUCUAAUGAAGUAUAGCAACACUGACCAAACAUUGUUCUGUCAGUGUGAUUCUAACAGGGCUGCUAAUGGGAAAGAAAGGUAUGGCAUUUUACAGAAUGUUAUAACUUGGAGCACAGUUUUGAGCAUGUUCUAGGAAUAGGCUUCAAGGAGAAGAGGAUGCUUUUCACACAGACUCAUCUCUUUGGCUAUGUGAAAACUAUGGAUUCCAAGCAGCUGAAGUCUGACCAAUAAAAACUACUGCAGGUGUCUGUCUCAUA